GUGUACGUCUGGACCGUUUUCUACCAAUGACGAUGUGAUGGACAAUAUGGCGCCGGGAGUAGAUUUAGCUUGUGAACCUGUCGUUAUCUAAAAGACUGGCGAUCCGUCAGGAUGAACCUCUGCGCCCAAUACUUACGGCAGGCAGAGGCCCUGAAGGCUGACAUGACAGAUUCAAAGCUUGGUGCGGCGGAGGUCUGGACGUCACGACAGGCUCUUCAGGACUUGUACCAGAAGAUGCUGGUUACGGACCUGGAGUACGCCCUGGACAAAAAAGUGGAACAAGAUCUCUGGAACCAUGCUUUUAAGAAUCAAAUAACAACACUACAGAGUCAAGCUAAAAACAGGGCCAACCCAAAUCGAAGUGAAGUGCAGGCCAAUCUCUCUCUGUUUCUUGAGGCAGCUAGUGGAUUCUAUACACAACUGUUGCAGGAGCUGUGCACGGUGUUUAAUGUGGACCUGCCUUGCCGUGUGAAGUCAUCACAGCUUGGCAUCAUCAGCAAUAAGCAAAGCAGCACCAGCGCCAUAGUGAAGCCCCAGCCCAGCUCCUGUUCCUACAUCUGCCAACACUGUCUGGUCCAUCUUGGAGAUAUUGCACGAUACCGCAACCAGACCAGUCAGGCUGAGUCGUACUACAGACAUGCAGCUCAACUUGUUCCCUCUAAUGGACAACCUUACAAUCAACUGGCCAUACUGGCUUCCUCCAAAGGAGAUCACCUCACAACAAUCUUUUACUACUGCAGGAGCAUUGCUGUCAAAUUCCCCUUUCCUGCUGCAUCCACAAACCUGCAGAAAGCUCUUUCUAAGGCGCUUGAGAGCCGGGAUGAGGUAAAAACAAAAUGGAGCGUGUCUGAUUUUAUCAAAGCUUUCAUCAAGUUCCAUGGCCACGUUUAUCUGUGCAAAAGCCUGGACAAGCUCAACACCCUGAGAGAGAAGCUGGAGGAACAGUUCCAGAGACUGAUUCUCCAGAAAGCCUUCAGCUCCCAGCAGCUGGUCCACAUCACGGUGAUAAACCUCUUUGAACUGCACCAUCUCCGGGACUUCGGGAAUGAGGCCGAUGAGCAGAGCUACAGCUCGGAUGAGCAGAUCAGCUGGAUCCAGCUCCUUGGCCUCUUCAUGUCUUUCCUUGGAGGGAUGCUAAGCCGGGCUUUACUUAAUAAGAACCGAGAGGAGAUCAUGGGGGAGUGCCCGCUUCCUGCCAUCAAAGUGUCAUUGGAUUGGUUGAGGCUUCGACCCAACGUAUUGAGCGAAAGUGCCGUAGACAAGCGACAGUACAUCUGGCCGUGGCUGGUGUCCAUUCUAAACAGCUUUCAGCCCAAGGAGGAGGAUGUGUCAAACGCAUCAGUAAUUCCUCUGCCUGAAGAGUUUGAGCUGCAAGGCUUUCUGGCCCUUCGUCCUGCUUUACGGAUGCUAGACUUCUCUAAAGGACACCAGGGUGUCGUUGUUGGCAAGGAGAGCCUGUUGAUUCAUGCUCGACACCAGAGACUCGUCAGCCUGGGCAAGUGGGUGGCUGACAACGAGCCACGGUUGAUCCAGUGUCGCAUCAAUGACGCCCUCGUGCUCUUCAUCACUGAUAUCCCCGAGAUGGUGGUGGAGGAGCCACAGGAGAAAGACACACCUGUACUCCAGGAGUCAUCUAACGGAGAGCAGACACCCAACGACAGCACCCAAGGCCUAAAAUCUGUCCUGUCAGCCGGGAAGAACCAGAACAGCGGCCUGGAUGGCAGCGAAAGACCCGUGGUCACAUUUAAAGAGAACAUCAAACCCAGAGAGCAGAGCAGAGAGCAAAACAGGAACCAACAUCAGAGAGAUGCAGGCAAGGAGCGAGCUGGCUUUAAUAAAGGAAAUGGAACACAAGGGAAGAACGAACAGAAGAAAGAGGGCAAGAGGAAGAGUGAGGUGAAGAAGAACAGUCACGAGAAAUCAACAGAUGCUGGGAAACAGGUGAAGACUCAGACUGAGAUGAGGAAGACUCCAGUGUCUGAAGCAAGGAAGACUCCAGUCACACAGACUCCAGCCACAUCUUCCCAGUUUAUUCCCAUUCAUCACCCAGGAGCUUUCCCCCCUUUGCCAAGCAGACCAGGUUUUGCUCCACCUGCUUAUGUGAUUCCUCCUCCUGUGGCAUUCUCCGUGAGCCCAGGCUUCACCUUCCCCACAGGCGUCUCUGUGCCCGCCCCCUUCCUCCAAACCGCCUCCCAUCCUCAGUCUGCCAAUCAGGUGCAGCCUGGGAAACCUUCACACAUUCCCUACAGCCAGCAGAGGCCUUCAGGCCCAGGAGCCCUAAACCAGGGUCCUCCUCAAUCUCAGCAGACGCAACCUCCUCCUCCGCAUCAAUCCCAGCAGGCCUUGCAACAGUCUGUUCAGCUACAAGUACAACAGCAGCAGCAACAACAACAGCAGUCGCCCACCAAGCAGAGCUCUCAGCUCGGCAAGAGCCCGCCACAUCAUCACAGCAUGCAGCAGCCUUACAUGCAGGUGCCUGAACAGGCUGGUCAAAUGUGGAACCAGCAUCAAAAUCAGCCCAGCAUGCAGAAAAUGCCCAUGCAGAUGCCAGUCAAACAGCCUUUCUUCAUGCCCACCCAGGAGCCCAUGAACCUCUUCGAACAUCCCAUGAGCAUGCAGCCUCCUCAACCUAGCAUGGACAAGAAGAUGAAGUUUCCAGAGGUCAAAGUGCAGGAUUUCUACUGGGAGCCUUCGUACCACAUUGGAGGAGAGGGCAGGGGCGGAAUGGGAGACAGGAUGGGCAAACGUCAGCCUGGAGUCUUCUGUCCUGACCAGGAGAGCAUGCCCAGAGGCCCUCAAUAUGAAGACAACAAGAGCUCCCCUCUUCUGCCCCCAGACCUGUUAAAAACUCUGGCGGACUUUGAGGAGGAGGAGGAGCUUCUCUUUACUAAACCUCAUGAUUUCUACCAGGCCUUGGCUGGUCCUCUUAACUCUGCUCCAGGAAGAAACAUCUUUUUGCCAAAUCAGUCAAGACUGGACAGUGGAGCUGAUGUGAUCGGUCAGUCCUCUCUUCUGCCCAGAUUUACCAUUCAGGAAAGCUCAUACCAGAACAACAGCAUUUUCAGUGAGGCCUAUGGUAAAAACAUGGCACCUACAUCUAAGCCGGAUGCUCCCAUGAUGCACCAGGAGCCCUCGCUUUACUCCCUCUUUGAAGGAACUCCAUGGUCCCCUUCACUUCCUGCUAGUUCAGAUCACUCAACACCAGCCAGUCAGUCCCCUCACUCUUCCAACCCAAGCAGUCUGCCUUCAUCCCCUCCCACCCAUAGCCACAGCUCCCUGCCCUUUUCCAACUUUGGCCCCAUCGGGACCCCCGACAGCAGAGACCGCAGAGUAACGGACCGCUGGAAAACUGACAAGACCGGUGUGAGUGGCUUUGGGUUGGACUACCUGCCCUCUGCUUCAUCCACUUCUUCUGUGCCAGAAACCAACAGCUGGCACCAGGGGGCGCCAACCAACAGCUGGGCAGCCCAGGACAUGCAAAUGGAGGAUUCCUCUACUGUCCUCCUUGACAGUUUUAAGUCAAUCUGGUCGAGCUCCAUGAUGCAGCCCGGUCCGUCCGCGUUGGAGCAGCUCCUGAUGCAGCAGAAACAGAAGCAGCAGCGCGGCCACGGCAACAUGAACCCGCCACACUGAGAGUCCACGGGGAAGAUGCACUUGUGUGAUACACGAUUCAACGGAAGAGGUGAAACACCACAAGCUCCAAUCGGAAAUUUCCGGCAUUACCCGCGAGUGGAGGCUGGAGACGGCGAACGAUGCGAAGCGGCAGGCUCAAAACGAACCGCUCGCCUGACCGACGGGGGACGUGCAGCCCUCUAACUCUCCUCUAUCUCUCUCACUCUCUCUGUCUGUCUCUCUCCCCGUGCCUCUACGGCAUCGAGGGCGUGCGAGCGCCUGACCUGUCAAGCUGCUCAGCGCGUAGCCACCGCAGAACACUGACUCUGAGGGGAAACUCUGAGACUUCCUCUCUGAUUGCCACCUCACUUCCUCUGGGGGUCAAAGGUCAUUCUCCUGUCUCAUCUGGACUCCUUGACUCAUGCCGCCUGCUUAAAUCACAGACACGCGGAGAAGACGCGUGUGUCGGGAAGGGAUGUUUAUCGGCGGGCAGAGCGGUGGUGCGAGGGACAAAAAGAAAGAAGGACUUUUUUGCUUUUUAUUCCAAGUCUGGAUUCAUUUUCUCGGAGGAGGGAUUCGUGUCGCUGUUUUAAAAAAAUACAAGAAAAAGUUGAAUGAAUGAAGGAUGAUGCAUUCAGUCGAACGUGUCCUUCUAGAGGACACGCUGGGAUGUUUAAAACAUAGAUCGACACAUGGAUCACGAUGUUGUCAUGUACAGUGUGAUUUGUAAGAAGCAUUUGGAAAAUGGGACCGGGAAAGUCUCGAACCAUUAUGAAGCUCAUAGCAACAUUACAGCUCAAUCCGUAUCAGAGCUGAGGUUAGAUUAUAGAUGUAGGAUGUAGUAUCAUUAGCUGCACUAGAGACUGCAAUUAUUAACAAUACUGUAUUUUGUGACUUGUUCUGUAGCAGUUUUAGCUCUCUAAAAUAUUAUUCAGUAAAUCUGUUCAAUAGUUUACUGCUAACGGGGGAGAUCAUUGAAUAUAAAUAUGUGGCACCCCUAUUUCCUGCUCUUCCUCUUGGUUUCUUUGCGCGAAUGUUUACUCUAGCUUACACGCGUUAUGCGUCUUUUGUUCAUGUUCUGCCUUUUAAUAGUUUUAAGCUUUAUCAGCUCUCUUUGUGCCUGUUUUCUCUUUUCCUUUAGUCGUUUUUUGUUUCGUUUUGUUUUAAUGAAUUGUUAACAUCACUAUCAAGGUUGGCACUGUUGGGAAAUGAACAGCCAGGCAAACGGGUCCACCUGCGACGCUGUUAGAAAAAAGGGACGGAAGCCAGGAAGGGCCAUUUUUCUUCGGCAACCUCGUAGCCCACUGAAUAUACCAUCGCUGCAGACGCUGUAUCAGUUAAAAAGCCACUGACGGCGAAAUCCCCAUAGCCGCUUACUGCUUAGGCUCAAGAAAGGCCUCUGAUAGGACUGCAGAAACGUAAGCGAGUUAGUUUCCACGUAUAGCUCUCGCUGCGCUUAGCACUAAGAAAUAAGAGGAAUAGCGUCAGCCCUGCUGCUUUACUCAGAAAUGUUCUUGUAGCGUAUAUCAUUGGUUGCCUCAGGUUAGCGUUACGUGACCUUGCUUCUGUAGGAGCCCUGCAUCUAAUGGUUCUCCAAAUACUGAUUUUUCAGUAGAUGAUAUAGCACUGAGUUGAUCUUUCAAGGAUCUCUAACUUUUUGUGGGUGCCACUGUCUGAUAGAAAUGUUUCUGGGCCAGGGGUUAGUGUUGGGUAGGUUGAGAUAUCUAUAAAAAUGUUCACGGCGGUUCUUUCUUGUUGGUUAAACCGCCAAAAUUUUGUUUGGCAAAGGCUAUACGACAGACGUAAUCUCGUGUAUGAUGAGAAUGAAGCGUGUUUUUAUUUUUGAGUAGAGAACAUUUUAUCAAAAACAAACUUUAAAUGACGUGUCUAAUUGCCGUGUGAUUGUGCUUCUCUUGUUGCAUUUAAAAUUGUAUUAAAAUAGAGGAAUAAAUAAUCAAAGGAACCUUAGACGUUCAGUUAGGUCAAAGUAUCGUUUGAUAAAAUCAGAAGUUUCAAUGGGAGCCCUGCGCCCCCCAUAUUGUUCAUCUUUUUCCUUUUAGAAACGUUCAACAAGGAGUUUCAGAUGUCUGUGCUCUGAUUGGUUGCUGUGGAUGCCUAACAUUCUUUUAUUUUGUAUGGAUUUGUGGUGCACAGUCUUGUGAAUGUGCUUUUUCGGAUACCCAGUAUCUCACUGCAUUGUAAAUGUGGAUUCCCCUGUUGUCCAGUUUCCAUCUUUGAACUGUGGCUUCUGUAGUGACGUGCAUUACAAUGCUGAUCACAAGGACAACAGCCUUGCGCCUUUGCGCAUUGAUAUUACAUUCCAGUGGUAAAGCUAAAAAAUGUAAACAAAACGUAAAAAAACAGCCAGCUUUUUACUGCAAAUGCACAGGUACAUUUACCACUAAGCAAAUUUGUCCCAAUUUUAAAUUCAGUCUGCCACUCCUGAAAUUCUGCAUGAAAUACAUCGUUCAGAAUGCCUUGUGUUUUGAAUGAAGGAGAUAUCCGGUCAAGUUUUUCGUUUGUUUUUUAGAGGAUUUUGUCAGGGAAUAAUAACUGGGGGUGAAGAUAUCUCCUUCUGUAAUGGGCUUGAUUUGUGUUCUUGUCUUUUUGUGGACACUUAUAAACGCUGGAAUCAGCUAUGCCUUUAAUAAAAUAAAACCAUGUCCAUGCAG